GGGUGUCCUCGUAGCGCCAUCUGUAAAAAUAAAAUGUGUAAUUUUGGUAACAUCGGGUACCACUUCUGGUUCAAGCUUCGUUCAGUCAACAUCCACCAGCACCAGACGAUCGACAAUGGCAGACCUCGGCAGCAAGGAUGUUGAAAGGGCAGAAUUCGCCUUCUCCAUUUACGACGAUGACGGCACGAACGUCAUCGAUGCGGUUAAUCUUGGCAACGUCCUUCGCGCGUUGAACUUGAACCCCACGAACGCCACUAUCGAGAAGUUGGGAGGCACGAAGAAGAAGGGCGAAAAGAAAAUGAAACUGGACGAAUUUCUGCCUAUCUUCAGCCAAUGCAAAAAGGACAAGGAACAGGGAUGCUUCGAGGACUUCCUCGAGUGUUUGAAGCUGUAUGAUAAACAGGAAAAUGGAAUGAUGCUCAGCGCGGAAUUGUCUCACACACUUCUGUCACUUGGUGAACGUCUCACUGACGUGGAAUGCGAAACGGUACUGAAGGAUUGCAUGGAUCCAGAAGACGAAGAUGGUUUCAUCCCCUAUGCUCCCUUCUUGAAGAAGAUGAUGGUGCUGUUGUAAGCGGUCGCGAGGUGUUACCGAGACAAUGAUCAUCCAUUCGUUCCUUCGUAGACUGUGUGAGAGGGCGGCGGCAACAGAAGACAACGAAUAGUAGGAUGACACAUCGGUCCGCCAAGUUCCACGUCGACGAUGGACAUAUUCGCCAUAUUCGCUCAUCAUAUUCACCAUUUUUCUCAUCUUCCCGCACAGAUCCAUUGACAUAAAUAGCGAUACGAUCCUGAAAUCAACAAUGUCAAGGCGUCAUCGGCGUUUCGUCGAAAGAAAAGCAAGAAAGAAGGAAGAUCGACGAACAUCGAGGAAAAGAAAAGCGACUCGAAUGCACGCAACAUUGUUAUUUAACUUAAUUUCACACAACACAAAGUGUUUAUAUCAAAUUUACGGAAUGCAAAUAUCUCAAUACAAUACUGUACAAAGUCAGAUAAAAAAACGUUAUUAAUUUACUUCUUAUUGUUACUGUAAUAAAUCGCUCCUCUCGAAUCAACGGAGAGGAUUAAAAAAGUC